UGCUGCUUUCCUGUGCUAAGCUGAUUUACUUGUUUAAGGUCUGACCUCAUCAUCCUGUCAGUAUGGAUUCCCACCUAUACAGCUAGCAGCGGCUUAGCAGCGGCUGGAAGAGCUCGCCGYGCAUUAAUCAGGAGAGAGCCAGCGAGCUACCGGUAUUUGUUCUUUUGUUGCCUUUUCUUAAGAAGAGGAGUUGAAACCAAGAGAUAACAAAGAAUCCAUUUCCUUCCUGAAAGAAUAGGCUUUUGUCUCGGGCUUUUUUUCUUUUUUUUUUUCUCCUCCUUUCUCUGAAAAAAAUGUCAGUAUCUGGGAAGAAGGAGUUUGAUGUGAAGCAGAUCCUGAGGCUCCGCUGGAGGUGGUUCAGCCACCCCUCGCAAGGCUCCGCCGGCACCGGGGGCUGCCAUCAGCAGGAAGGAUAUGAGCACAGAGGGACCCCCGUCCAGAACAGGCUGAAGAACCACUCUCGGGACAGGAAUGGGCUGAAGAAAAACAGCAGCCCCGUCCACCACAACAUCCUGGCCCCCGUGCCGGGUCCUACCCCYGGCCACCACCGAGCUAUCCAGUCCUGGCACCAACAAAACCUCAUAGAACAGCUCCGAGCAAAUGAGGAUAUUCUCAAACCGAGCACCGAGGAAAGCUGUGUUAAAGAAGAGUCAAAAACCACACAGGAGUUGCAGAUGAUCACAGAGGAAAAUUCAGAUGAAUCUACAGAGAGGUUAUCAACCACGAGCAGUUCCCUGCUUGGAAUGAACACCAAUGGCUCGGAUGAAUAUUUCCAAUCCACGAACCACGCCGAGCAAACUUUCCGCAAGAUGGAGAAUUACCUGCAGCAGAAGCAGCUCUGUGAUGUUCUCCUCAUAGCUGGCGACCAGAAGAUUCCCGCCCACAGGCUGGUUCUCAGCGCAGUGUCUGAUUAUUUUGCUGCAAUGUUUACUAAYGACGUGCGGGAAGCAAAACAAGAGGAGAUCAAAAUGGAAGGUGUAGACCCGGAUGCGCUGAAAGCUUUGGUGCGCUACGCAUACACAGGUAUUCUCGAGUUAAAGGAAGACACUAUAGAAAGUUUGCUAGCGGCAGCUUGUCUUCUGCAGCUAUCUCAGGUCAUCGAGGUAUGUUGUAACUUCCUGAUGAAGCAGCUCCAUCCUUCCAACUGCCUCGGGAUUCGCUCUUUUGGAGAUGCUCAGGGCUGCACAGAGCUCCUGAAGGUGGCACAUACAUAUACUAUGGAACACUUCACAGAAGUGAUCAAAAACCAGGAAUUUCUUUUGCUUCCUGCUAAUGAGAUCGCAAAGCUGCUGUCUAGUGACGACAUCAACGUUCCAGACGAAGAGGCCAUCUUCCAGGCGCUGAUGAUGUGGGUGAGGCACGACCUGCAAAGCAGGCAGCGAGACCUGGGCAUGCUUCUCUCCUACAUCAGGCUGCCUCUGCUGCCACCCCAGUUACUAGCCGACCUAGAAAACAGUCCAAUGUUUGCAGAUGACCUAGAAUGUCAGAAACUUCUUAUGGAGGCUAUGAAGUACCACCUCCUACCAGAGAGACGGUCCAUGAUGCAGAGCCCUCGAACCAAGCCCAGAAAGUCUACAGUAGGUGCACUUUAUGCUGUAGGAGGUAUGGAUGCCACCAAAGGCACCACCACAAUCGAGAAAUACGACCUUAGGACUAACAGUUGGGUACAAAUUGGCACCAUGAACGGUAGACGACUACAGUUUGGAGUGGCAGUGAUCGACARCAAACUCUACAUAGUGGGAGGCAGAGAUGGCCUGAAAACUUCGAAUAUUGUUGAAUGUUUCAACCCUAUCACCAAAGUUUGGACUAUAAUGCCGCCCAUGUCRACACACAGACAUGGAUUAGGAGUAGCAAUGCUUGAAGGACCAAUGUACGCUGUCGGUGGUCACGAUGGAUGGAGUUACCUUAAUACAGUAGAAAGAUGGGAUCCCCAAGCACGACAGUGGAAUUAUGUGGCUAGCAUGUCAACGCCCAGAAGCACUGUAGGGGUUGCAGCAUUAAAUAGCAAGCUCUAUGCUGUUGGUGGACGAGAUGGAAGCUCCUGUUUAAAAUCUAUGGAGUGCUUCGACCCGCACACAAACAAGUGGAGCCUUUGUGCUUCCAUGUCCAAGAGAAGGGGAGGCGUUGGCGUUGCCACCUACAAUGGGUUUUUAUAUGCUGUGGGAGGUCAUGAUGCACCUGCGUCCAACCACUGUUCUCGACUUUCAGACUGUGUAGAAAGAUACGACCCCAAGACAGAUGCCUGGACAACAGUGGCACCCUUGAGCGUUCCUCGCGACGCGGUUGGAAUUUGCCCUCUGGGGGACCGGCUGUAUGCCGUCGGAGGGUACGAUGGCCACACGUACCUGGAUACCGUGGAGUCCUACGAUGCUCAAAAUAACGAAUGGACAGAGGAAGUUCCUGUCAAUAUUGGCAGGGCYGGUGCCUGUGUUGUGGUAGUAAAGUUGCCAUAAAGACUAUAUGUAUUGUGAAGCUAAAGCUAAAGUUCCUUGAAGACUGCGUUGGAGGAUAAAACACAUUUACAGAAGGCAGCGUGACCAUACAGGUCUUGGCAGCUCGCCGUUAUAGAGAAUACUAGUAGCCUCUGUGCUACACAAAGCUGGAGUCUUCCUGCAUUGCAAAAAUCGGAGAAUGUUGCAGAAGUGAAUUAUUUUAAUAUGUCUAAAAUGAACCAUUCAAACGUUAUUGAAUAGCUAUAAGUUGGUUACAAAAGUUCUUCUGUUAUUUAUAAAAUGCGGUAGGAAAAUGAUACAUGURUGUAAGAUUUCAUAUGCUCGUUUCUUUUAUAUGUCUAAAGUAAAGCUAAUGUUUGUAAAAAGAGAUUUUAUACUUGAAGUAAAUGAAAAWGUCUAAGAGAGAAACACCUCCAACAGAGACCUGCACAGAAGAAAAUCUUUGUCAAUAAAUAUCAUUGACAAUAGAAUAUUUGCUGCAGAAGUAACUUUACUUCCAUACUCAGAAAUGCAAAUGCCCAGUUGGGUUUCAAAUAAYCGUGCAAUAAAUUAAAUCGGAGAAGCACAGAAUUUGGUUGCUGUUCAACCUCCAGCAUUGCUAGUGUUGUCACAGAAUACCCCUUUUUUUGCAAUAUACUCAACUGAAAAUUCUACAAGUUAAAAAUAGUAGGUUAAGGUAUAUUUAUGUUACUAAGUGUGUGCCAACCGAAAGAAAUCUCCAUUUUUUUUUUUCCAGAAGAGAAUGCUAAUCUUGUUUGCAGUCAUUUUCAAAGUGCAUUGAAAUGUGAUAUUUUAAUGCUGAUCACAGUGCUACUUUAUUCCUGGAUUCAUCUUUGCCCACUAACCAUCUGUCAGCACAUGUUAAACCAGCUUGUCUAUUCUCAGAAUCAUCACUGCACAUUAACAUUUUAGGACAUUCAUAUCACUACAUUCCUUGAGUAUAACUUCCAAAAUGAAAAUUUUAUAUCAUAUUGAUAUGAUGGUCUUGGACCUCAGCUGAAGAUUACCAGCUUUCUGUCAUGUACAGUAGAAUAUAUGGUAAGCAAAGAACACGUGCACUGGGUAGCAGUAUAUGCCMAUACUACACGCAUGUCUAUAUUUUAUUUGAAAUUACGAGAAUGCUACAAAUGAAGAACAAGAGAAGAAUCACUAGUAAAUCUAUAAAUAAUAUUCUACAUGCAUGAUAUUUCUUCCUGUGUGCCAAUUUUUAUGAAGACUUUAACAUGUUUUGUUUUCAUUUCAUUCUUACUAAUUUCAAAUGCUGAAAGUGUAUUUUAGGAAAAGAAUGUAUGUAAAAUAUUCUCUAUGCUGUAAAGCACACUAAUAUUAUCUACUUUAGCCUUCAGUAUCUCGUUGUUAGAUCAGUAAAAGAAAAUUCAGGACAAACAAAUGAAAAUUCUUUGAACAUAUCAUGAACGUUCCUGAUAGAAUACUGUAUUUUCAGAAUUCAGCAAUAUGCUAUUUUUAAAUACAUAUAUACUGUCAAAUGUAUCAAACAUCUUCCAACAAAAUCUCAUGAGUGUAUUUA